AGGAGCAGGAUGGACGUUCUGCGGCCCACCCUGAUAAGGAUCGGGGGGCGAGUGUACAGGAAGAAUCUUGUUCAAGAGCAGGCCUACCAGCAUGAGGAGGAGGAGGAGGAUUUCUGUGCAGGCCCUGGUGACUGCGCAGAUGAACCCUGUGAUGCUUUUGUGGUGGAAGAGACUGAGAAAGGCUUCCAGUGCAGAGUGGAGGUUCCCAGCCCAUUAUGCAAGUACGUUAUUGGGAAGAAAGGAGAAACCAAGAAGAAGCUAGAAACAGAGACUCGAACCUCCAUCAGCAUUCCCAAGCCUGGAGUGGAAGGAGAAAUUGUGAUUACAGGGCAGCAUCGCAGUGGUGUCAUCUCUGCCCGAACGCGGAUCGAUGUUCUCCUGGACAGCUUCCGUAAGAAGCAACCCUUCACACACUUCCUGUCCUUCGCUCUCAACCAGCCCACCAUCCAGGAGAAAUUCCUGCAGUUCAAGGAGGAAGUGUUGGAGAAAUGCUCAAAGGAUCACGGGGUCAGCAGCAGCCUGUUCCAGAACCCUGCAAAGCUUCACCUGACUCUUGGGACGCUGGUACUUCUGAACGAACAAGAGAUCCAGAAAGCGUGUGACCUCCUACAGCGAUGCAAAGAGGACUUUGUGGACCAGAUUGCUGGAGGCAAACCCCUGACCGUGGAGGUGGCAGGAGUGGAGUACAUGAAUGAUGACCCUGCCAUGAUGGACGUCCUUUAUGCCAAAGUCCACAUGAAGGAUGGCUCGGACAGGUUGCAGGUGAUCGCUGAUCAGCUGGUGGAAAGGUUUGUGGCCUCUGGCCUGAUGCUUAAAGAGUGGGAUAGGGUGAAACUGCACGCUACGGUCAUGAACACUCUCUUCAGGAAAGACCCAAGUGCUGAAGAGCGAAACAAUACAAUGACUGGUAAAUCAUCUUUCAAGGAACGGGAGUCGUUUAAUGGCCGAAAUAUCCUCAAGCUCUUCGAGAACUUCUACUUUGGAGAGGUACAGUUGGACUCAGUGCGUCUUUCCCAGAGGUUCUCCUCGGACGCCUCUGGCUACUACGCCACCUCUGGGCAGCUGACCUUCUCCUGA